AUGGAAGAGGUGUUUAAAAGUAAUGGAAAUGAAACAGACACUGAAAAUGAUUCUGAGAUGCCACCUCUAGAUGACCUUCAAUUAUUGGAUCCCCGUGUUUAUACCGAAGAAUUUAAGAUACCUGAAGAUAGACAGAUUGACCUUUGGCCUAAUUUUCAAAUCUUUUUAAACGAACAAGCAAAAGAGAAAUAUGGAGAUGCGAUAAAUUCAUUAAUGAUUGAAGAUGAAGAAGAAGAAAAUGAAGAGGUUGACCUUGAAAAAGAUGAAUCAGAAGAUGAGAAAAUGGAUGAAAAGGCAGAUAGUGGAAUUGUAGAUGAUGAAACAAUUGAAAAGGCAAAGAAAGAAGCACAACAACGUGAGUUGUUAAGAGAAAAUCAAUACUCUUCUGUUUUAGGAAGAAUUCAACAACGUCUAUUUGUUGGAAAAUCAAAAAAAGGAUUUGGUUAUAUCACGGACGACCCAUUCAUUGAUGAUACUGGAACUGAUCCUGUUCCCCAUUACAAAGCUAAUCAACCAUUUAAAUGUGUUCCAGUCAAAAAUUUGACUGAAGAAGAACUUAAAAAGGAAGAAGAAAAGAAAGAAAAAAGAAGGAUUCAAGCUAGGCAAUAUCGAGAAGAAAAGAAAAGGAAAGAAGAUUCAAUGUCUAAUGCUAGCCAAACCAUUGUUGGUAGUAUCUCCAAGUUAUCUAAAAAAGGUGGUACUGUUGCACAACCAACAAGUGUUAAUGAAAAAACACCUUGUCAACCAACAAUAAAUCUCAAUACGAUAACCUCUUCUAUACCAGUCAACAAUACUAAUUUUCAAAAAGAAGAAGAAUCUCAUCUUAAAAAACCAGCUCUUCCAAUGUCAGAAGAAACAAAUCAUAGGAACUCUCAACUUAAAUCAAAAGUGAUAAAUGAAAAAUCACAUGUAAUUCAUUUGGAUGAUAAACAAAAAGAGUAA